AUGUCAUGGAAGAAAGUGCCGUUUAGACCAAUAUUGGCGAGUCUCACGGGGGCAGCAGUGAUUUCAACAAUAGCAUAUAAAUAUGGUCAACACUCUACAAAUGCAAAAUCUUCAUUAAAUCUAUUUCCAUUGACAUCAACAACAAAAUUAAACUCAAUUGAACCACCAAAAUAUUGCAAAAAUAUCUCAAGUCAUAUACAGGAGUUCAAAGAUUUAGGAAUUGAAGUGUCAAAUAGUAAACCAGAUAUUGAAUUCCAUACUGGUAAUGAAUUUACGACUCAUAAACCAUUACCUGGUGAAAUCCCACAAUAUAUUUUAUAUCCAAAAACAACUGAAGAAGUAUCUGAAAUUUUGAAAAUUUGUAACAAAUAUUCAAUUCCAGUGGUGCCAUUUUCUGGAGGUAGUAGUCUAGAGGGCCAUUUCCAUUCUACAAGACAAGGAAUAGUUGUAGAUACUUCUAAAAUGAAUAAAAUUUUACAAAUUAAUGAUAAUGAUCUAGAUGUAGUUUUACAAUGUGGAGUUAAUUGGCAAAAAUUAAAUGAAGAAUUAAAACCCUAUGAUUUAAUGUUGGGAACAGAUUGUGGAUCAAAUGGACAAAUUGGUGGGAUGAUUGCAACUAAUGCAAGUGGAAUUAAUGCUUCAAGGUAUGGUGCAAUGUCAGCAAAUGUAAUAUCAAUAACUGCAGUAUUAGCUGAUGGAACCAUUAUAAAAACAAGACAAAGACCAAGAAAAUCAAGUGCUGGAUAUAACUUAACAAAUUUAUUUAUUGGUAGUGAAGGUACAUUAGGGAUUGUUACAGAAGCAGUUGUUAAAGUUUAUCCUAUUCCAAAAUCAGAAACUGUAGUUGUUGUACAAUUCCCACUGAUUAAACUGGCUACUGAAACUGUUGAACAAGUAUUUCGUCUGGGAAUGCAACCAUCAGCUAUAGAGAUGUUAGAUGGUGAUAUGAUACAUUGUUUAAAUUAUAGUGGGUAUACAACUGAAAAAUGGUUAGAAGUACCAACUAUUUUUUUCAAAAUUGGAGGUAUUAACGAAAUAGUAGUUAAUGAAAAUGUUAAAAUUCUUAAACAAAUAACAACUAAAAAUAAAGCUGAAAGUUUCAUAUUUGCUAAAAAUAAAGAAGAAGGUGAUGAAUUAUUUUCAGCAAGAAAAAAUGCAUUUUAUGCAAUGAUUGAUUGGGGUAGGAGUGAAAUUGAUGAAGAUGUAAGAAUUUGGGUUACUGAUAUUGCAGUACCUAUAUCAAGAUUAUCUUUUGUAUUAGAUACAAUAAAUGGAUGGAUGCAAAAUUCCGGAUUCAAUUCUAUAAUAUUAGCACACGUUGGAGAUGGGAAUUUCCAUGCAGAUAUUUUCUACAAAAAGGAAAAAAGAAAUGAAGUUGAACAAUUAGUUAACAAAAUGAUCCAAUUAGGUAUAGAAAAUGAUGGGACAUGUACUGGAGAACAUAGUAUUGGUAUACUGAAAAGAAAAUUUUUAACUUUGGAAUUAGGUGAAGAUACUAUUGAUAUGAUGAGAAAAGUUAAAAUGGCUUUAGAUCCUAAAAGAAUUUUAAAUCCUGAUAAGAUUUUUAAAAUUGAUCCAAAUGAUGAAGGUGCAUAUUGA